CUCGCGUCCGAUAUGUGUUGAGAGCUCUCACGAUGGAAAUAAAGCUGUUGUCGUGCCCUUUGUGCCUAAAACCGCACUUCGAGGGGGUGGAUGCCUUGAGGUCUACCCUGGUCAGCGUGGCUACGUCCCAUCUCUCCUGUCCAGUGUGUUCCGAAGUUUUGUUGGGGUUAGACAAGUUAACCAUACACUUGUUCAGUCACAUAAACAACGUCGCCGUACCCACGACGCACCACGACAAUGUCCACGAGGAGAUUAACAAGAGCAUCGACAACAUCUCCAAGAGGAACAAGAAACCGGAAAGCAAAGCCGUCAGGACGAUCGCGCCUUCCAAAAUAGAAGAGGAGGUGAUAAAAUGUGAUAUUUGCAACUUCUGCUUCACGGACAAGAAUAUCUUGGACAUGCACCUGAAACUCCUCCACCAAACCAUCCCGGAUAAGAAAACUGGGAACUACAGCUACCACUGCCAUUUGUGCAGCAAAAAAUUUAGGAUGCGCGGCAGUCUUAUGGUUCACUUGAGGGUGGCACACUACGGUUUCGCGCACCACCACGGUGAUGGAGACGCUUGUGAAAGGAAAAAACACUGUGCUUCUUCUACCGGAUCAGAAGAAAGGGUGAAAGAAGAAAAGGAAGCAAGUGCGCCGCUACCAAACCAGCUACCUUCCCUUCUUUCGCCAGUUCCGCAGCAGAAGAAUGGACAGAUAAAAGUGCAGGAUAAUAAGCAGUGGGAGUGUGAUGUUUGCUCGAAGAUGUUUACCACCAAAUAUUUUUUGAAGAAGCAUAAGAGACUGCACACAGGAGAGAUGCCCUACUGUUGCGCCCUAUGCAACAAAUCCUUCACCUUUCAGCAGUCCUACCACAAGCAUAUGCUCUACCAUUCAUCGGAAAAACCUUAUGUUUGUAAUGAAUGUGGAAGAGCUUUCAAAGAACUGUCAACGCUACAAAACCACGCGAGGAUACAUUCUGGAGAGAGACCUUUUGGUUGUGAGACUUGUGGAAAGCGCUUUAGACAAAGGGUAUCCUACCUAGUCCACAGAAGAAUUCACACGGGUGUCAUGCCUUACAAGUGUACAGCUUGCAACAAGAGUUUCCGGUACAAAGUCAGCCAAAGGUCCCACAAGUGUCCGAUGAAUCCCCCCGGUUCGGUGGUUCGAAUACCAGACUCGGACAAACCACCGGAAGUCGGCGCUGCGACGCCUAAUAGCGCCCAAAACAACGGAAAAUGUAUCAUGUCGGUGGAUCUCAACACUGGCAGCAUAAACAUGAUAUCUGAUCAAGAUAAGGAGCAAGGAGGGAUGUUUCCUGCGGAUGGGAGAUUGCAGGAAAACGCGCAGAUGCAGAAAGAGUCCAUAGUUUUGAACAAUAACGAACAGAUCGAGAUCAGAUACAGCAAAGCCGAUCUACAAUCGGCAAUGAGCAAAUCUCAGAUACCUGAAGGGGUAGAGAAAGUAGAGGAGAAUAAUAUCGAGGAGAAUUGUUCGAAGAAUAUUAUUAGAGAUUGUCAAGAGAAUACCCUGAGUAAUCUUGAAAAAAUGGCGUAUACAGGUUCCGAGCACGAUUUGUAUUCCAUGGUGUUGUCGCCCAUUUUGCCGGAAGUGGGAUCGCUGUGCCUAGGUAAUUCCCCGACUGACAGUCCCCUUGGGCAAGAAGAAACCAUUAACGCUAUGAGCGAAAAGUGCCUCGAAGAAUUUUUAUAUGGGUGAAAUUAA